UCGCUCGGCUGGCGGCUGCCGCUGGUCGGCGCACACGCUCCACCAGUCCACCCACCCACACCGCCUCCAGAGAACGCGAAAAAAACACAUGCUGGGUCGGCGCGCGGCACCACCACUCCACGCGGCGGCAGAUACCUCCUCUCCUCUGCCCGCUCCCCCCGCGUCCCGUAAGCAGAAGCAGGCAGCGAGCGAGGGGGGUCGGCCAGACCAGCCGAGCCGAGCCGUGUCCGUUCCGGUCGCUCCCCCGCGAUGGCCACGGCGGCCGUGGCGAGGCACACCCACCACCACCACCACCGCGGGGCACCCUGGCGCGGCAGGGGGCAGGGGGAGAGGUGGCGGCUGCGGCGCGGCGGGAUACGGUGCUCAUCGCCGGCGCAGGAGUUCGCGGCGCUGGCAGCGGUGUUCCGGAGGCGGCUGGUGGUGGGGGCCACCACGGCGGCGGCCGCGGCGGUGGGGGCCAACUUCGGCGGCGUCACCAGCUUCCUCCUCGGCCUGUCGCCGGAGCUCGGCAGGUCGCUCCGCCUCGACGUGCUCUACCCCGUCGGCGGCUUCUCCCGCUGCCUCGACUCCGACAAUGGGUUCGAAUUCAUCUAUCCAUCAAGUUGGGUAGGAGAUCAGACUCUACUAUACAGGGAAGCGAAGAAAGCAGAAUUGCAGAGAUCACUAGAUCCUCCACCCCUGAAAAAUGGGAGAUUGUCUAGACCUCGGAACAUUAGUGAGCCCGUGGCAGCAUUUGGGCCCCCGGGAUCCAAUGGGGAGCUCAAUGUCAGUGUCAUUGUUUCACCUGUACCUCAAGACUUCUCGAUUGAGGCUUUUGGUGGUCCGAAAGAUGUGGGGGAAGUGGUGCUCAGAAGGAUUGCGAGGACAAGGCGAAGUCCAGAUAUAAACGCUACUCUUAUCGACGCAGCCUUGAGAGAAGAUGCGGAGAAUGUCAAAUACUACAAGCUAGAGUUCCGAGUCGAGAGCCCUUCUUUCCGACGACACAAUGUUGCUGUCUGCUGCGCGAAGGACGGCAAGCUUUACACCAUGAAUGCGCAAGCACCGGAGUCGGCAUGGAAAGCAGUCCAGGAAGAGUUCUUUGCAAUGGCGGAUUCCUUCAGCCUAGUGAACUAUGUUUGAUACAGCAGGCGGGCAGUUUUGUACCCCUGAGCGUUUUUUCUUUUCAGUAGCUUGUAACUUCCUCAAGCACUAGAUAUCGUGGCCUCGUUUAUAGAGACUAGGAGAAAAGUAAAAUAAUGUCGUUGUCACAAAUUACAAUCAUGUCUAAAAUUUUCUUCUGCAUGCAUUGGUUAGAGAAUCUAAUCUUAUUUCACUA